GUGCAAUAAUAUCGCGAUUUCGUGACUCUCGCCGAGUGACGAUACAACAACCUACGUUGUACAGAGUGAUUUUCUAACAGCGGACAUCGCACAUUCACACCUCGACAUCCAACCACCCACGACUCUCUGGAAUUACAUUAAACCGAAACAGAGGAAUCCUGUGACAUUCCUUAAAUUCGUGCGAUCCGCCCGCUUCCGGUAGUCAGAAGCCUGGGAUCCUGUAUAAUGGAAAUGUGUCGGUGAGGUUGACAGAGGAGUGCGCAGAUCGUAGGUCUACGAAUUAAAUGACGGGAGGCACUAACCGUCGUCGAGACGCGGCUCUGUGCAAGGCGCUAUAUAAAUAUAAUAGUUGGCACGAGAGUGGAGUCCAGUCAGCCCGCGACCACCGCACCUGCCGCACCUCGUAACGAGGCCGAUCUCGUCCAAUUCCGAGCCGAAAGGAGUUCCCCCGACGAUACGAAGAUAUCGGGAUCGCACGAUCGAUCCGAUUUUGCCAGGCUGAUUACGUGAAGCCGCCGGUUGACGAUCUUACGCACGUGCUAAUCGAUCCACGGAUCAAUGAUAACGAGGAUAUUGUUGUAAUAUUAUUGCUACGGAAACAGUGAAAGACGAAGAGAGUCGACACGGAUUUCAAAAAUGACGUCUCACGACAAUCUCGGAUUUACUUCGAGCACGAAUGCCGUAUACACUCGGAAAGAUUCGCCGCCGGAUAUGAAGGUGAAGAUUACGCAUUCCAAAGGAAAAGAAACCCCGACGAGUAAUGGCCGGAACGAAAUCAGCAGCGGGAUAUACGUCGUCGAACUUCAAGACAAGAAGAAGAAACACGCGUCGGUGGGAUCAGAAACCGAAGAAUAUGAUCCCUAUUGUCACAGGGAAGUUGAGCACCCAACUACUAACAGCGAGACGCUUCUUCAUCUUCUGAAAGGCAGUCUUGGUACAGGAAUCCUGGCGAUGCCGAUGGCCUUCAAAAAUGCAGGUUACGCUGUAGGACUUGUCGGAACAUUGGCCAUCGGUCUUCUUUGCACCUACUGCAUUCAUCUCCUGGUGAAAUCGGAGUACGAACUUUGUAGACGCAAGAAAGUUCCUUCUCUGACUUAUCCGACCACCGCCGAAAACGCCUUUCGCGAGGGACCCUCUUGCUUCAGGUGCUUCUCCAGGAGUUCCGUGCACGUAAUCAACGUAUUUUUGUUGAUAUAUCAGCUGGGAUGCUGCUGCGUCUACGUGGUUUUCAUCGCUGAGAAUAUUAAAUCUGCUUUGGAGGGUCACGUUAUGGAAAUCGACACGAGGUGGUACAUGCUGAUGCUGCUGCUGCCGCUGAUCCUGAUAAACUGGGUUAGAAAUCUGAAGUACCUGGUGCCAUUCUCGACCGUUGCAAACGGCAUAACCUUCGCCAGCUUCGGUAUAAUCCUCUACUACCUGUUCAGGGAACCUUUGGAUUUUGAGGGUCGAGCACCGGUUGGAGACGUUCAAAACUUUCCCCUAUUUUUCGGCACGGUUUUAUUCGCCCUCGAAGCGAUCGGUGUGAUUCUUCCCCUGGAGAACGAAAUGAAGACGCCAAAAUCGUUCGGGAGUCCCUGCGGUGUUUUAAAUGUGGGAAUGAUCACCGUGAUAUUCCUCUAUCUGGGGAUGGGAUUCUUCGGUUACAUCCGAUACGCAGACCUCAUCAAGGGCAGCAUCACCCUCAAUCUUCCCGACGAAACACCCGCCAAAGUUGCCCAGGUACUUUUGGCCCUUGCCAUAUACGUGACGCACGCUCUUCAGUGUUACGUUGCCGUCGACAUCACGUGGAGCGAUUACCUGGGUCCCGUUCUUGAAAAGAAUUCCCACAGGCUAUUUUGGGAAUACGUUAUGAGGACAUGCCUCGUCGUUGUCACCUUUCUCUUCGCGGUUGCAAUUCCGAAACUGGAGUAUUUCAUAUCGCUGAUCGGUGCCCUCUCCUUAUCGGGACUUGGCCUCGCAUUUCCGGCGAUAAUCUACACCUGCACAUUCUGGAACGUAACGAAUCGCACCGAGAAGAUCAUAAUGAUAGCGAAAAAUUCGGCAGUCGUCGCAUUUGGUUUUCUCGGCCUGAUCGCCGGGACUUACACGAGUCUUUUGCAGAUUAUAAAUUACUUCAAGUCCAUGGAUGUGUCGCCUUGAGGUAUAGUUACGGUGGGAAGAGAAAAUUCUCUGUUAGGAAUAUUUGUGAGAACGAGCUUUCGUCGAGCGUCGUCGAUAUUUUUUCGGAGAUAUUCGAAAGCUCGUCCGAAUCGUGAAGUUGUCACUUUUUCAUUUAGAGAGAGAGAGAGAGAGAGAGAGAGAGAGAAAGAGAGAAUGAGAACUGAGAAAAUUGAGCCUCGUGAAUUUCAUUAUCUAUCUUGACUCAACAAUCGGAUAGAAAUGUUUUAUACUAUCGUAAAUAUGAAGAGCUUUGGUUUGAAAUUUUUUACAGAAUUUAUUUAAAUCAAAGUGCGCGAAAAUUUUUCAACUUUCGUCUCGUUUACGUCGUCUGCGGUUGUAAAAAAUCGAAAAAAUCUUACUGUAUCAUGUAAAUAGAUAGUAUGGGUUGAAAUUUUACACAGUAUCGGGGAUAUUUCGAAAUAUUUCAUAAAACGUACGGAAAUUUGAAUGUUUUAAAAAUUGAGUUUGGUGUUUUGCCUGAAAACUGUAUAGUAUUUAACAGAAAUGUCUCUUCCAUUAACGGGCGAUCUAUUCGUUACUCGAAAUCCGUGAGUAAAAAAAAUUAAAAAAGGUUAUCGUUGUUAGAUCAAAAAAAAAAAAAAAAAAAAAAUAAUAAAUUUAACUCCUGCCAAAAUAAACAUCGAAUUUUUGUCUCGUUUUGAAUUUAUGAAACGUCUUCGUUCUUUGAAUUCGAGCGACGCAAAGUGAUAAACGAGAAUAAAAAAAAAAAAAAACAAAUACAUAAUAUAAUAUAUACACACACAUACAUAUGUUUAAAUAUAUUAAAUUAUAUAAUAACAAUGAUAAUAAGAACAACGAAUGAAACAACAUCGUCAUGAACUUGUAAUCGUUGAUGCAUAACGCCGAUUAGUAUACGGUUAAAGAAAGUGGCGGUAUUAUACGCAUGUAGAAAAGUAUUAAUAUCAAUAAUCAAUCACGCAAGUUCCUAAUUCAAAGUUAUCGCUAGCGAUGAUGAAUUCAUACCAUUGAGAUAUACGUUGCGUAUAAAUGGUGUCGAUAUACAACCAGCGACAUUUUGCAAAUCACACAUUCUGUGCAGAAUUUAGCGCUAAAAAUUCCGUGAAACUAUAAUAUUAUUAUUACUAUUAUUGUACUACAUUGAAUAUGCACUGAAGAAAAAAAAUAAUCGAACAAAAGAUAAUAUUUAUUUCAAUAAUACGUAGCAGACGAUACAACGAUUCAAAAAAAUAAAAAGUUUUAAAAAAAUUUUAUACCAAACGAACUUUUCUUGCCGGAAGUACAUAACCAUUGAAAACAAUCAAAUACCUGCCAAGUUGUAUUUGAAUAAAUAUUUUCUUGGUAUUCGACAAUUUUUUUUCUCAUUUUUUCUCUUCUUUUAAUGUGCGCAAAAAUUUUCCUCCCACAGCGAAAGCGAUAACGUAUGAAUAUAUAUAUAUAGUAAAGGUUGUGAUUAUUUACAUUAACGUGUCCGAUUUAGCAUAUAUAAAUGCGAUAUUACAUACGCACACUUUGUUGCAUGCAUAUAACAUGUUCACACCUAAAAACACACAUACAUAUACGAUACGCAUCAUUUACGAUAUAUAUCAAGGUAAAAGAUAUUUAUUUUCGAUACAAUAUUAACAGAGUUACGAAUCCUACGAGGAAAAAAAAAAAAAAAAAAAGAAACGACGCAUCGGAAGACAUUAAAACUAAUCAUUAACACUAAAACAAAUCAGACGAUUAGUUCCUGUUUAGAAAUUUUUUUUUUUCUUCCAUUCUUAUCCCAAGUGGUGAAAGUAAAGUAAAUUGAUAGACGGCCAACGGAGAAAAAAAAACGUACACAUACCUGAUAAUAUCCAAUAGCAUUAUCAUUACUCAUGAAAAUAUGCAGAGCUUAAAAAUUAAUCGCAGUACGCAAUUCGUUUAUUUUAUUUUAUUUAUUUUUUUUUGUUUUUGUCAAAAUUACAGCGAGAAUAUUUGAAACAAAAUUGAAGCAAUUUUGAUACAUCGAGGCGAAAAGUAUAACGAUUGGAUUUUUUUUUUUACCUGGAAAUAUAUGUAAAAUUUGCGUCUACGCUAUCGGCGGUAUUUCGGCAUGAAAUUCUUGACGGUUUCGCAAGCUCACCGUCAGGUGUCAAUAGAAUCGUUGAGGCGGGCAUAUGGAUCGGGGUAAAACGGAGUUAGACGCUAUUCUAGGUAUUCUGGUGACAGUGCGACACGCGGUGCACCGAAAAUCCCGUAUCACCUGUCUAACAAAUUGAUUUCGCGUUAUGCGGGGGUGACAUUUCGUAAAUUUAAUACACAGCUCAAGUUUCCCGGGGUGAGUGAAGCUUUUCUUUAUUUAAAUUUACAUUUUAGUCUCGUUUCCUUCGCUCGUUUGUUUUCUUUUUUUUUUUUUAAAUUUGAUUUUUUAUUUUUUAUUUAUUUUUUUUUUUCUUCACUUCAACCGUACCCCGCUUAAUUAAGCUUGAAUUUACUAUACGCUUGUAGAGAUUUUGUUAACAGAUACGCGGGUUUGUUCGAUAAAAUUAACGAGAGUUUUCCUAAAAAUAGAGAGGGUGAAGAAAUAUGAAAGAACGAAUUUUUCGCCAUAUGAUAAUAAAUCGAUAAAUAAAUAAUUAAAGCGCGAAAAUAUUGUCUGUGUCGAAUUCGCGGGUCGAAUAGUUAUGCGAUGGUGCUUUACAGUCAUUUUAGUAAUAAAUAUAUAUACACACAUGUUUCAUCUAACAAAUAAAUAUAUGUAUAUAUACAUACACCUAUGCUUAGAACCAUACAUAUAUAUAUAUAUGUGUACAGUUUCGAUUUGAAUUUUCACCAGCACGGAAUUCCGCGGUGGAUAUUUUACAAAGAAUGUUGAUUUUUUUUUUUUUUUUUUUUCCCUCUCUCUCGCACGUGGCGAGCGAAUGAAAAACAAUGAAAAUUUUCGAAAUAUUUCGACGAAUAUUAAUAUCGAUAUUGUGCAUUCGGAAAAUUUGACAGUCUGAGAAAGAAAUUGAAAUUGGUUAAAAAUUAUUUUUAUAAUAAUGACGCGACGUUUGAAGCUCCAAAAAUGAACCUAGUCCCUUACCAAGCCGCAAAGACUUGUCUAGAAAACAAAAACAUUAAAAAAAAAAAAAUAAGAAGAAGAAACUGUUUUUACGCAUUGAUUGUCUUAGCGCAAAUAAUUCCCGGUGCAAGUAGUUUAUGUA